AUGGAAUCGUCGAAGUCAUCCCCCAAGUCGAGCCCGACUUCCAGCAUUUACACUGUCAAACAGUCUGACUCCACCGGAAAGACCUCCGUCGAGUCCAAAACCUCUUCUGGCAACUCUUUUGAGAAGAGAAGCCCCUUGGCCAGAUGGAAGAAUCAGCAGCAUGCUUUAUCGGCUGUUCCUGAUACUGCCAGCGGUAGCCUGGACACAAUCGAGGAAAAAGAUGCCGAGACGGAGAUCACACCCACUGUGGCCACCGUUGAGAAGGCUGCCGCUGCCAAGAUCUAUCUCGAGACCUAUUUCAAUGAGCGCCUGGUCCAGCCCAGUGCACGUGAGAUGCGCCUGCGUUCACUGGAUAAUGAAAUUUGGCAGAUGGGCGUUUCAGUCCCCAAGGUUGAGAAGGACCGGCUGAGACACCAGUUCUACCGCAACGAAACCAAUUAUUUGCGGGAGACUCGGGUGAUGAAGACCCGGGCCAUUAAAGCCCUGAUUGGGGGCAGAGGUAUGGCUUCUUCAUGCUGCAAUGACUACCAGAAUGUCAAGGCUCUUGGGAAGGGAAGCUUCGGGGUAGUGAGGCUGGUCCAAGAAAAGCUGAACGCCGGAGACAAAAAGUCCGGCAAGAAGGUAUAUGCAAUGAAAGUCAUUCGCAAAUCCGGGAUGCUCCGCACAAGCCAAGAAGGCCAUCUCAGGGCUGAGAGAGAUUUUCUUGUUGCUUCCGAGGGGUCCAGGUGGAUCGUGCCUUUGGUUGCCAGCUUCCAAGACGCAUCCAACCUUUACCUGGUCAUGGACUAUAUGCCAGGCGGCGACUUUCUCGGCCUUCUCAUCAGAGAAAACAUCCUCAGCGAGCCUGUAGCACGCUUUUACAUCGCCGAGAUGAUUAUCUGUGUCGAGGAGGCUCACGCACUGCACUGCAUCCACCGCGACAUCAAGCCUGACAAUUUUCUUGUGUCGGCAUCGGGACACCUCAAGAUAUCGGACUUUGGCCUUGCAUUUGACGGACACUGGUCCCACGAUUCUUCAUACUACCAUGCCAGCCGUUACUCAAUCGACAGGCAAGAUGCCCGAACUUUGUCUCACAAUGUCAAGUGGAGCUCAAACAUCAUGAUGAGUCUCAACAAGCACGAAAAAAAGAGCUUCGGUGACGGUGAGCCUCUGCUGCAGUGGCGAAACCGCUGUGGGAUGAGGACGUCGGCUAAGUCAGUCGUGGGAACCAGCCAAUACAUGGCCCCGGAGGUAGUCCAAGGAGCCGCGUACGAUGGCCGCUGCGACUGGUGGAGCAUCGGAGUUAUUCUGUAUGAAUGUCUUUACGGCCAUACUCCGUUCCUUACUGAUGAAGGGAGACAACACACAAAGCAGAACAUUCUGAACCACCGCUCGACGUUUGCUUUUCCUUCUCGCCCACUGGUCUCCGGCCGCUGCCAACAGCUCAUCGCUAGCCUUAUUCAAGACGCGGCAACCCGGCUGUGCAGCCAACGCUACCAGUACAAGGACAUUCAGCAACGCUCGCAAUCUGCAAGCAGCAACGGCAGCAGGAUGAACCAGGAGUUCACAGACCGCUUCGUUUUUCCAUAUGAUGCCGAAGACAUCAAAGCUCACAAAUGGUUCAGAGGCGUCCCCUGGGAGAGGCUCCACGAACUCGACCCGCCUUUUGUCCCAUUGCUUCGGUCGACCGAUGAUACACAGUACUUUGAUGACGAAGAGCCCAUCACCGACCUGUCCGACAGCGAUGAGGAAGACGAAGAUGAGGCACUGUCUCAGCCGGAAGCGCCAAUAUCUGUUGUCGAUAGGAACGCAAUCGACGGUCUGGACGGGGCGGCUGCUAGCGGACCUAUCGUCCAGAAGACGCACAGGACUGUGCCAGAUCCUGGCUCAUCGGCUGCCGCGACUGUCAACCAUGUUCAUUUGUCAACAAUUCUGAACUCAACACCGCUCACUCAAGCGCGAGAAGAGGGUCAGUCAUCUGCAACGCCGAAGGCUGCAGCCACGCCCGUGAUUGCGGCCGCCAGAAUCGUAGCCACCGCCAUAUCCAAGAAGCGUGCUGAACGUGAGGCUCUCCUUGCCAAAACAUUGCAACCAUUUGACUGCGGCAUCCAAGCCGCGGUACGUUCUUGGCUGAACGUCCCCUAUAAUAGUCUUCGCCUCCGAAACUUUGAGAUGCAAGUCGACACGGAGCCCGGACUGAGAGCAUCAGAGCGUGAUACACUGAAAGCACUUGUGCGCAUUUACGGGAAGAAGGAGAAGAAGCGCCCGCGCGAUCGUUUGUUGCGCGACCCUGCAACAAAGAGACCGGCCAUGGAGUUGAGGAAAAAGACAGCUUUCAUGGGUUAUGAAUGGAAGCGGAUACAGGCCCAUACACAGGCACAGAUACAGACGUUGACGACAAAUCUGCCUUUGUCGACAAGCAUGGGAAUGGGCACGCCAAUCGGACCACCCGCAAGUGCAAGCACAGCGAGUAGCGGCUUGCACGCGGCGACGAGUGUGGUGCCACUGGAUGAGGGAGGCCAUGUGAGACCACCGCCGGGCUUUGAGCACCUUGCUCCAUUAAGAACGUUUCAUCGGGGAAGGAUGAGUAUGAACUGA